UUGACCUGGCCACUGAUAACGAGCUGCGCUCGUUCAGCCGUCGGAAAGAAUUGCUCUAGAGCGUCAGCAAGUAGCAGGAGGUAAGUGAAAAUUUGUAAAAUAGCCCUUGCUAAUUCUCAUUUUCUUUUCUUUUCUUUUCCCAUUCUUAAUGGAAAAAAAGUAGUAGACUAUGGAAAGAAAUUGGCCACUUUACUGAGAUCUUGAAUUUACAGCUGUCUACUAAUCGUUUCAGUACUGCAGUACCGCUCCCUCUAAAUGUUAGUUUCCACCUCAAAUGAGUAAAAUAACGGUCAGUAUCUGAUGUGAUACGCUGUUUAAUACGCAAAACAGCAUUCUGGCAGUCCACGUUCUCCAUCCCCGUGUGGACUACAUUUACCGUGUGGACUACAUUUACCGUGUGGACUACAUUUACCGGUGUCGUGUGCGUCGCUCGUGUGAGGUCAGCUGUACUCGCUCCGUUCAGCUGGGUGAAGGGCUCUCGGUUUUGGGCUCUAAAAUCCUUGCUUCAGUGUCACAUCUAGAAACGGAUGUGUCGGAGCUUUUCCUUAACGUGGUGGUUUCGCUGCGUUUGCUGGAGUAUUUUCGCAUGCAGCGUUGAGGGAAGGAUGGCAGAUGCCGAGCCCUUGGUAAAGGUGCUGUACACACACCUCCGCUGUGGAUCAUUUCAUUCAGAUAAUGUAUCACGAUUUGCGCCCCGUACGCAGUCAGUUCUUGCUUAACGGUUACUAGUAGCUCGACGAGUACUGGGAGCGUCUAGGGGAUGUUUCUGCGUCCACUUUCGCGUUUGUCUGAGCCGGGGGUUUUCGGUAUUGCGGGGGUGUUUGCCCCUUUCUGGCAGGCAGGCUGUUGUGAAUGCAGCGAGAGAGAGAGAGAGAGAGAGCGCUUUUCUCCCUCACGAUGCCUUCAGAUGCAUGCGGUACGUGUGCAAGAAACGGGCAAAUUGUAACUCCUGCGGUGUCUUCAACAGGAGGCAGAAGAUGGAAAACGUGGGAAAAUGGACCGAAGGUUUUAUUGCAGUUAAUCUGUUGGAUAAGAAGUUCUUCUCCGAACAAAAUGGCAUGAUUGCAAAGGACCUCCUCAAUAUUCUCAACUACUUACAGCUCCAACCAAUUUCUCAUUCAGCAUGUGCCACUGGCUCCUGUCCCGAUCUGAUCAUGAGUAGGAAGGAGCAGCCUGACCCCCGGCCGGCGCCCUUGGCUCUGACCCCACAGCUGCCCCCCAGAGCCCACCGGCCCCUCUGCCUCUCCGUGUCUUCAGACAGUAAUGGCCGCUUCAGAGCCUUGGAAACACAGGAGUGGAAGAACAACCUCAAAGCUCAGAUGGAGCAGGCCCACAGUGCUGGGGCAGCUAGCAGUACAGGUUCUUUGGAGAGAGCCUCUCUCUUCUGUGCUUCUGGUUCCACCGCCACCUCCAGCUCUGGCCUGUCCAGCCCAGUGGAGCUGCUCGUCAAAAGCAAGUCCUCCAGCCGCUUCUCCCUCUUCUCCCCACCGUGGAACAGCAGUUCCGAGUCUGAUUCCAACCCCCCAUCCCGCUCAGGCUCCAGGAAGCUGCGCCACUGCAGCCGCAGAGCAGGCCACGGCGGGUCCAGGAUGGGCCCCGAGACCCCAGAGCCCAGGCCUGGCGGCUUGGAACACUUCCAGUACUCCGAGCCUGUCAUCUCCAAGGUGACAGACUACAUCUACGUGGGCAACCUCAAUGCAGCCUACAGCGGCCGCACGCUGUGCCGCAACAACAUCGACAGCAUCAUCGACAUGAGCAGCCUGCCCGGCGAGACGUGCCUCAGCCUGAUUCCAUGCACAUGCUCCCGUGGCACCAGGCACACCUGGUCGCGCCUCAAGGUGGACAUCGGUGAGCUGCCGGAGGCCGGCGCGGUGCGCCACCGCUGCUUCGAGGACAUCAACGAGUGCAUCGACGCGUCCACAGAAAAGAGGAAGCGCGUGCUGGUGCACUGCCGCGACGGCUUCUCCCUGGCGCCCACCUGCGUCAUCCAGUACCUCAUGAUCAAGCAGAACAUGAGGCUGAUCGCCGCCUAUGAGCUGCUGAGGGCCAAGCACCCCGUCAACAUCCGAGAGUGCCACCAGAACGUGCUGGUGAACCUGGAGAGGGGGUUGCGGCCUGGGGGCAACAUGGACCCCGAGUGCUUCAAGCAGGCCAUCUCCCGCAAGGUGGCGUGGACCUAACGGCCCCUCCGGGCGCGGCACCUUUUUGCUCGCCCCUGCUCCUUACGGCAUUUGUGUGAGACCUUCCCGUCCCUUUGUGAUUGGUAAAAGGCGGCUCUUUCGUUUUCACCAAGGAGCGCUCAGCUAGAAGGCUGGAGAUGUCUAAAAGUCCUUGAAAUAGUUCAUAACUCUGUUCUCUUCCAGACUAAAUCUGAGACCAAAAAAAAAAAAAACCCCACAACCAGGAGAUUUAUGUUCUGUAUAGCUGCUAAACAGGGGGACCUUUCGGCGAAUAUGUCCCCCUGGUUUCUGAUCACACUCUGGGUUUGGUGCUGCAGCCCUUCAUGUGGAUGUGUAGUAGGCGGGGUUGCAGCAAUAGUAUUCUGAUAAAAUUUUGUUCCAGGAGAAUGUGGAGGGAAAUCUCAGGAGACCCAAUGAUGUCAAACAUGGCUACAUGGCAGCACCAAGGGACCAGAUUGGGGGCGAGCACUCUGCGGAAGCAUUCUACUUAGACUAUCGGACUAACCACUCCGUUCAUCAAGUUUCAAUCUGGUGUUGAGUUUUAGGUCAGCUGCCAUCGUAAAGACAAACAACUUUCGCUGCAGUUUAUAAAACGUUACCCAAGAGUUGUCCUCUGUGAGGAAUCCAGUCACUUACUAAGUGUGUUUUCCCAAUCACAUGAAACUUACCAUCUUUCGAAGAUUAGCUUUGGUGCUUGGGACAUGUGGAGUAUCUGUAUGCAUGCGUGUGUGUAUGCGGGUGUGUGUGUGCGUGCGUGCGUGCAGUAUAUUUGGGCCUGACCAGUCUUGUGUUUUUGACAGAUUGUCAGCGUUAUUAUGGAUUGGACUGAAUUGUGAAGCAGUGUCCCACUGACCAGCCUUUGUAUUGCACUAUCUACAGGUUGUAAAAAAAACUGCACAUGGGAAAUGUUCGUUGGCUGGCAUCCCACUUUAUUUGGUUUCUCAUUGCUCUACACAGAUAAAUAUUCAUUGUUUUUGGAAUAAUAUGGUGCAUAUGGUUCCUGUGUAUUGAUUGAUUAUAUUGAUAAUAUUACUAUUGUAUUUUCCAUAGUAAUUUAGGAAGCUCCAACAACCUUCUUAGAAAUAUGUGGUAUUGCUUAUGCUUGUUUGCAGUAAUUAUUAUAUUUUGAUAUUUAGUGAGCAGUGUGGUGGGAUGAAAAUCCCCUGAGGUUUCCGUGCCUUUGUUUGAACUUGCCCGUGACAUUCACACACUAUGUAUGCAGUUGUCGGGCACUGACAAACAAAGUGUGUUGUUUUUUUUGUUUGUUUGUUUUUUCAUUCUGAAAUGUUCCUUAUAAAUGCUACCCUUUGUUUUCCUGCGAGUUGUGAUGUACGGCGGAGCACGGUUCUGUUUGGUUCAGUCUGAUGAAGGGUUCAUUGCAGUGGUCGUGUUGUGAGCAGUGGCACUGUGUUCAGUCAGUGUGGUGGUGACUAGUAUAUCUCAGUCUGGGGUGUUUUGCCCCUGCUGGUCUGCUGUUCACUAACAAGGUUAUCACAAUUUUAAACUAUAUUUAGCUGAGCUCGAAUGCUUUCCGUUGCUGUAUAUUUCUAUUGGUUGCUACUUUUAAGGUCUAACUUGAUCUCAGGUGAACUUUACUGGCCUAGACUAUAAUGCUCUGUUUGUUGGAUACCAGAAUAAUGUGACGGUUCAUUUUCUGUAUCAUGUUUUUAAAGUCUUAUGCAUUUGAAUAUGUAGGUAUUAAAGAAAACAGUUAAUUAA